CAGGCACUUCCAAACUUCGGUCGAUCAAGUUAAAGUGCGAAGUGCCAACAUUGAAGCGCCAUACAUGUACGUAAUAAAGUUUGAACCACGUAAGCUCCGACCAACCAUAACCGUGCAAUUCCCAAUUCCCAAUUCCAGUACCAAGUUCCAAUUCGCGGACUUCGAGCUUCCGGUGGGAGACUUUCGCAGUCUUUUUAGUAGUUAGAACAAAUUAGGUAUACGAGUUAUCCGAGCUCUGCCUCUGCACCCGAGCACAUAUAACGAGGCCACAUUGCGUUACCUGCUUCUGGGGGUCUUGUCCCCUUUUCCAGCGUGAGAAGACAAAACCAAAAAGAAUUAAUUUCGGGCAAUGCUACUUCUUCUUCUUCUUCUUCCGAAUUUCUUCUCUCUAUCUUCCAAGUUCUAAAUUGUAGACGUGAGAAGCCUACCUAGGUUAAGUAGGUAUUAAUUAGCAUUGGCUCUCGAGUAUCGGUUAUACCCUAUCAUGGCAGAGAUCCGUCAGCGCAAGGGCAAAGGCCCCGCGAGGGACGACGUCCGAACCGCCGUCGUCGAAGAACUCGAUACCUCGGAGUCGGACGCAUCCGCAUCCGCACCCGUUUCCAAACCAAAGCGUAAACCCAAGGAGCUCGUCGAAGACGACGAAGACUACAGCCCUUGGGUCGACGUCCUGCGCGUGCUCUCGUUCCUUUUCGUCGCCUCCUGCGGCCUCAGCUACCUCGUCUCCAACGGCGAGUCGUUCUUCUGGAGCAUGCGCGCGCCGCCUAAGUACCUGCAGGUAGACUGGUGGAAGAGCCAACUACGCGGUCCCUUAUACCUAACCCCCGCCGAGCUCGCCCAAUACGACGGCACCGACGAGUCCAAGCCCAUCUACCUCGCGAUCAACGGCAGCAUCUUCGACGUAUCGAGCAACCGGCGGACCUACGGCCCGGGGGGAUCCUACCGGUUCUUCGCGGGCGCCGACGCCGCGCGGUCCUACGUGACGGGGUGCUUCGCGGAGGACCGGACGCCGGACAUGCGCGGGGUCGAGGAGAUGUUCCUGCCCCUGGACGACCCGGUCGUCGACGCCCACUUCAGCCCCGAGGAGCUCGCUGCCCUCAAGGAGAAGGAGCUCGAGGAGGCGAGGAACAAGGUCCACGAGGGCUUGCUGCAUUGGGUCAGGUUCUUCGAGAACAGCCCCAAGUACCCCAAGGUGGGCUACGUGAAGAAGGAUAAGGAUUGGCUCGAGAGGGAGCCCCGGAAGGAGUUGUGCCUUGCUGCCGCGAAGGGGAGGAAGCCGAGGAAGAUCCCGGGCCAGGAAGACUCGUAGGAUAAGGUAGAUAGAUGGGUGGAUGGUUCGUUCUUGUUCUAGGAUAUAUGUGCCUAGGAGUGUAAUAUGAAGGUUAUAUGCAAUUUAAUAACGGGAAAGCAGCAAGCAAACUCGAGGUGUCCGGGAGAAAGAAAAAGGGAAUCAAGGUUUACGCAAACCUGGUUAGAACGAACGAGUUGAUUGAAUUUUAGAUAUUUCAGCUCUCAUCUGAUAUUGUGGUGGUGUAAGUUAUACCAGAAGUUAAGGUGAUGAUGCUGGGUACUACUACUACUACUACUACUACUACUACUACUCUCAGGUGCAACAGAUCAGAUUUCUUCGAUAUCGAGAUAUGGAAGAAUGGAAAGCGAUCUCCCUCAGCAUUCGAAAUCCGCACUCCUCAGCUCAGACACGAUACGGAAGAAGAAAAAAAGAAAAUCAAAAUUGAACCAAUAAUAAAUGCAAGUAAAAGGGGAAAGAAAAGAGAAAUAAGAAAAACAGAAAAGAAAAACUUAAUACCACCCGACCAACUCGGUUUUUGUCUAUCGCUAUGUUCUUAGGAUAUGUAACCUUCCUGUUGCUGUGGUAGAUCAAGUACACUAGGUACACCUAUGCAUGCUUACUGUACCUCCUUACGAAUUAAUACGUUAUGGUUUCAAGGCACAUUGCAAACCAAAAUAUCAGUCACAUCCAAAAGAUCGUAAAG